UGUGUGCUACGUAUUCUUAAACAUGUGUUUACUUAUGCUAAAGCAGUUAGUUAAUAUUUGAACUGUUCGUAAUUCAAAUAUCGUUUUUUUUUUUUAAUAGUUCAUAGUUACUAUUCAGUGUAUGAUUCUUAAAUCGUUAUUCGUUAUUUAAAUUUAGGGUUGUUGUCUAGUGAAAAUGUUGACGAAUUUUAGUUAGCCAUAAACAAUAAUUUUAUUUUUAUUAGGUAUUAGUGUCAAUAAAAUAAAAAAUAAAAUGGAACAAAAUAUAAAUGAAGGAGAAAUUAAAUACGACAUAAAAGUGACAAAUGCCUUUAAGCAGUAUGGACAAAAUAAUAUAUUUAACGGUUUAAACAUGGCUGUGAAAUCUGGUUCAAUCUAUGGUCUUUUAGGACCAAGUGGCUGUGGUAAAUCGACACUUCUUCAAUGUAUUUUGGGAGCACUGCCAUUGGAUUCUGGAUGUAUUGAUUUACAAGUAGAAAGUUUAGAAGACGUUGGAUAUAUGCCUCAAGAUUUAUGUCUGGAAGUCACACUGACCAUAAAAGAAACUCUUGAAUAUUAUGGAUCACUUUAUAGAAUGAGUAAGGAACAUAUUAAGGACAAAAUAGAUGAGCUUAAUGUAUUCCUACAGUUACCAAAUUUUAAUAGUUACCUCAAUGAAAUAAGUGGUGGCCAGAGUAGAAGAGUAUCUUUUGCUAUUAGCUUAUUACAUGACCCAAAAAUUAUGAUUUUGGACGAACCGACAGUUGGAAUUGAUCCUUUACUGAGAGAAGGAAUUUGGGCUGAGUUUACCAAAAUGGUCAAAGAACAUAAAAAAACAAUCAUAAUAACUACUCAUUACAUUGAAGAAGCAAAUAAAUCGGAUUGCGUCGGCUUGAUGAGAAAUGGAUUAAUAAUCGAAGAAGGACCACCUCAAGAUAUCCUUGUCAAAUAUGGUACAGAUACAUUGGAAGCAGCUUUUUUAACGCUUUGCUGUAAUCAAGGAAGAAUAAUUCAAAAAGUCGAAAACAGCAAUAUUCAAGUAGAAGAAAAAAAUCAACCAAAAAAAAUAAUGGAAAUGGGAAACAACUUCGACGUGUAUAGAAUUAAAGCUUUGAUAAAAAAAAAUUAUCGCGUAUGCUCUCGAGAUUAUUUGUUGUUAUUUACCUUGAUCUUAUUACCUAUAAUGCAAACAUUUAAUUUUUGUUUUGGGAUUGGAGUGUCAUUUAAAGAUAUGCAAAUAGCGUAUAAAAACGAUGAGAUUAAUAUUUUAGAUUGUCAAUAUUCAAAUGUUAAUACAUGUAUUUUUGACGAAAAUAGCAAUCAAAAAAUGAGCUGUAUUAUUAUGAACUAUUUCUCAUCACAUGAUUACAAAUUAAUCGAAGUACAAGAUCGUGAAGCUGCUGAAGCUAGCAUUGAUCAUACAGAAUAUAUUGGAUUUCUAUAUUUUCCUGAAAACUUUACUAGUGGUCUUACAAAAUAUAUUAAUGACCGUGAAUAUUUUGAUUUAGAAUCUAGACUUUUUGCUCACUUAACAAACGAAAAUAUUUUAUUUAAAAAUCAAAUUACGGUAGAUGUGUUACAAUCAAUAGAUUAUAUAAUAAAGGAAGCAUUAAAUAGUUGCUCUAAUAAUCCAACAUCAAUCAGUGUACCCUUGGAAUUCAAUACUUUAUUUGGAAAAGAAGUUAAGUCAUUUGGCAAUGGUGUCAUUGCUCUUUUUAUAGCCAUGUUAGCAUUUUAUUUCCCAAGUGUAUUUGCGGUAAGCGUAAUGAUGUCGGAAAAAAUGGACGGACUCCUUAGCCGAUCGAUGUAUGCAGGUGUCAAAAUACUAGAAUUGUUAAUUUCUAUGUUUUGUAUCGCAACACUGUUACUUUUGUUACAAACGAGUUCCUCCUGUUUUAUUUCAUAUGCUUUAUUUUUGAAUCCAAUACAAAUUUCGAGUGGGCUGUUUGUCUAUAUGGUAUUAUUAAUACUAUUGGGAUGGAUAGGUUUCUUAUUUGGAUUAUUUACUGCUGUUAUAACAACCACAAAAUUAGGCGGUGUGUACAUUAUAACCGGAACAUCUUUAACUCAGUUCUUGUUAUCAGGUGCAGUAUGGCCUUUGGAAGGGCAGCCCCAGUUAUUAAGGAAAGUAUCAAAACUACUUCCUAUAAGGCUAGUAGGAAAUGCAUUGAACGAUAUAGCAUUAAAAGGGUGGACAUUGGAUCAUCCAUCAAUCAUUUCAGGAACUUCAUUGACGGUUUUGUACACCAUAUUAUUAGUACUUGUAUUAAUUGUAUUAGGGAAAUUAAAAAAAGACUUGUGGGUUAUAAAGAAAUAAAUAGUCAUAAAUACGUUUUAUACAAAUAUAUGUUAUAGAAAAUAAAGUUUCAUAGUAAUAUGUUAA